UUAGACAAGGAUGCAUCUAUUCUAGGGUAUUUAUUCUCAUAUACACGUAAAUCAUUGUAUUUGACUCAAUAUGAAAUGAAUUGCGACUGCUGAGUCGGAUGGCUCCACACGCAAUAUCUAAUUAUACUCAGUACAGAGGCCCACCUCUCCCUUACCUCAAUAUCGUCCGGGUUACUACCUCCUAUCAAAGUGAUAUACGACAGGAUUCCCAGUCGAGAGGUAAAAGUACUCCUCAGGAUACCAGGCCUUUAGUAGUGUAUAAGUAGGUUAUUCCUAUUUUCGUGAUAAAAGAUUUGAUGUAUCCGCUGCCCUAUUAUUAGCUCGCAUAAUUCCCCAGGUUACCACCUCCGUUCUCGAGUAAUACACGCCAUGGAAUACCGACCCUCCCGAGCCGGCUUCUUCAAAGCCUUGCUAGUUUUUACUGAAUUUUCUCUUGCCAUUACUACUAUGUCGUUGCUGUGCUGUGCCUAUCCUGAACGAUUUCGGAAAACACUAUGGGAAAUUGGCGGAGAGAACGGCUGGAACUCGAAUCCGCGUUUGCGGAUUUAUUUCUAUGCAAAUUAUCAGCAACCCCCAGAGAUUCCUUUAGUUUGGACCCAACGUCUCAGCGAGUCGAACUUGGCGAUAUCUGUUCUCGCCACAGCUGUAUGCUCAGCCCGGAUAGAGUUGUCCUACUUCAACCUCAGGCCGGGCUUUUCUCGUCUUUUUGAGGUCAUGAACGAUAUGUUGCUCUCGGGAUUUUGGGCAUACAGCGUCGCUGCUCAAUCCUCCAGCGACCUUACAGACUCCGACCACCUAAGUGUACGGCCCUGGUAUUUAGAGAGGAGCUGCAGUAUUCUAGAUGAGAGCGUAGUCGAGACUUGUAUACUUGCUAAAGCCUGUUUCGCAUUCUCAGUUUUAUCCCUGUGAGUACCCCGUUUCUUUAAUUGUUCGCCGGCAUGCUUCAUGCUAAACUCUGGUGCAUGAUGCCACAGGAUUUUCUUUUCCACGCGCUCCAUUGUUUCUGUAUUACGACUCACAUAUUGGUGUGGGAAAUUUCAAGUAUUUGACGGAGGUGUAGAUUUGCUACGGGAUCGACUCUGGAAAGAUCGAUCCCAUGAAGGUGGCGGGUUUACCAUCUCUAACGCACGGUUUGACGAAUACAGGGAUAGUGUCACGAUGGAAGAACCACAGAUUGUCGAGGUAGUUUAACGUCGUCCAAUGAAGGCCUGAUGGUAUGAAUUGUUGGCGAUUUUGUGACCAAGAGCUGAAGUUACAGUGAUGGACCAACCGGAUUGUUUAAGACGGCCAUCUAGAACUGAAGACCCACGGACCUUCGCUGACGGUUUGCUUCGUCCUGUUUUAGCUCUAACUAGGUAGAACUCCUCUGGUCAGCUUGGUAGUAUCGGGUCUUUGACGAUGAGCAAGUUAUCAUCGCGGAUGUCUUGUAACUAGUUACGUAGCCCGUGUAGCGCAGAUAGUGUGUGCCACCAACCGGGUAUCGAGUAGUCUCGUCUACGCGUGUCACAACGUGGGCCGGAGCUAUAACCGUGGUCGGCAUCCCUGUAAGAUCCCGCAUGGUCAGUUAAUACACACACACCCCAAACCCCCACAAA